UUCAUCAACAUCGAUGAAACCGCAUUUAAGUGCAGCGUUGCAAUGGUUGCUGAAAGGCAAUAUGCAUCCGACUUUCCAACAGCGCUUUCAGCAUACAGUGGUAGGCAAAAUUCCAAAAACAGGUUCAACAGAAGUUGCAAGGUCUGAAAUUCAGUUUGAUGACUACAAAACAGUGUUCGAAUUCAAAGAAACACCAGAAAUUUUGCGAGCAUUGUUCGUUUUGAAACUUUGUUCUUUUGAUGGAUUAGUAAAUAAUGGUGAACAGUUGAUGAAAUUGUCUAAGCGAUUACUUGGAAAUAGACUUUAUACUGCGCUACAAAAUAAAACCGUAUAUGGUCAGUUUAUUGGAGGAAAUAGUUUGGAAGAGCUAAUGGUCAAAGUGAAGAUAUUACGAAUGGGAGGAAUUGGCCCACUCUUGGCAGUACCAAUGGAGGAUGACGUCGGAGAGAAAUAUGAUAUAGAACAAAUGGAACUUCAAUUUGAUCAGAACAUGAUUAAAACUAUGGAAUGUCUCGACAUUGUUUCUAACCUGAAUGACAAAAUUCCCAUGAUGCAAGUGAAACUUACAGCUUUAAUACCUGGUGACAUCUGCACAAAAUUAUCAACCAGCUGUCCAAAUCCUAGCGAAGCAAGCAAAACAGUCAUUGAAGACAUUGCAACAUUUUUCCGAACAGAUAAAAUGCCAUAUAUUCCUAAUUUAACAAGUACAGAGAACAUGCAGCUGGAAGCCGGUUUGAAUAGGCUCAAAAUGGUCUUUCAGAAAGGCAAAGAGAAGGACAUAUGGUUGAUGGUAGAUGCUGAGUAUACAUAUAUGAAUCCAGCAUUAAAUCUGAUUACAUUGGCAAUGAUGUUGAAUUAUAAUCAUGACAAACCACUAGUCGCUUAUACAUAUCAGAACUAUCUUAAGGGAACGGAAGAACUAUUGAAACGAGAUAUAGAAUAUAUUAAAUCGCAUGGUGUUGCUUUUUCUGCAAAACUUGUGAGAGGAGCUUAUAUGGACAAAGAAAGAAUGCUCUCAAAAAAGCACGAAUAUCCCUGUCCAAUAAAUAACUGCUAUGAAGACACUUCGGAUACUUACCACAAGUCUCUAGAAAUUCUAUUUGACGAGACAAAGAGGAACAAAACCAAAUUUAAAACAGUAGUUGCCUCACAUAAUGAGAGUACUGUACUCCAUGCAGCAGAUAGGAUGAAAGAAUUUGACAUAGAUAAACAAGAUGGAUCAGUUGUAUUUGGACAGGUUGAUGGAAUGGGUGAUCAAGUUUCCUAUGCUCUAGGACGAGCUGGGUACUUGGUAUACAAAUCAGUACCUUAUGGAAGCAUUGAAGACACUCUACCAUAUCUACUCAGACGGUUGCUAGAGAAUAGAUCGGUACUGAACGGUGUCCGGAGAGAACGGGAACUAUUAAGAUCUGCACUCAAGCACAGGCUUAAACAAAAAUGCUUUCCUGGCUGA